AUGGUUUAUUCUAAUGUAAUAAGAGAUGAGUAUGAGUUACAGAAGCGUCAGAAAGCGGUCAAAGAGGAUGAUGACGCAAAAACGAAAUCGGGAAAGGGUGUGCAAAAACUUAAAGGAAAAAAAAAAUUUCCAAACAUUCCCAAAGCAGUAGGCGAAUUUAAUGGGAAAAAUAACGAUGAUGGUAAAGAAGAUACCAAAGGAGCUUCGAAAGUGAAUAACACAAAGCCCAAUCCAAAAGAUAAUCCAAAGGACCCACCAAAAGAAAAUCCAAAGGAGAAUCCAAAGGAUAAUGCAAAGGAUAACCCAAAGGAAAAUCCAAAGGAAAAUCCACAAGGUAAUAAAGAUGCCAAUCCCAAAUCCAAAAAUGAGUAUAAGGACCCUAAUCAGGCAAAAAAGCCAAAAGGAACCCCUUUGCCACUCUUUCCCGAUGGAUCACCAAAUCCAAAUGUGCCAGCGAAUAACAAUACAGCUUUACCAAGUACCGCCACAGUUAGCAAUAAUAAUAGUGCUGGUGGGGGUGAAAUUUUCGGACUUGUUGUGGGAGCUUUGGUUGCCGUAGGUUUGAUUGGAAUGUUUGUUAGGAGGAAAGUGACUGGGGGUCGUCCAAGGGAAGUUGACCCUGAAUUGAAGGAAGUUCAAGGUGCUGAUGGAUCAUAUGUGCAAAAGCCCCAUCGUCAUUCUUAUACUUCUUUUGAGGACCAAGAAAAACAGCGUUUCGACACUAUAAAAUCAAUGAUUGAUCGGAAUCCACCCCUUUCACCUCAAAUGACCCCUGUUAAUAAUAAUUUAAAUUCACGUCGCCCAUAUGAUUCAUCAACUCCACCCAUGACGCCCAUUCUCAAUCCUGUUAAACCAACGCUCAAGUCCACCAAUUCAUAUGAUUCACAAUUGGGACCACCUUCGGUUAAUAAUUCCUCUUACUCCUUACAAAAAAAAAAUUCUAUGGAAUCAUUAAGACCUUUAAUCAAUUCCCCGGUACCAUCAUCUCCUCGAAAUCCGCAAGCAAAUUCUCCGAACUCGCAAAAUUUCCCUUUCAACUCUCAGCAAAAUGAACCAUCAUACCCACAAAGUACGUACCAAGGGCCAUCACAGAGUGAUCAAUACUAUGGAGGCCCACCUCCACUUCAGCAACUAUAUCCCAUAGGACCAACGCACUUUCAAGGAGUUUCGUCGCAAUCUUCAAAUAGUCCUCGUUCUCUUGAAGAUCCGCCGCAUUCGCCAUCAUCCUCUAAAGGCGAGCCUGUUCCCACCGAUAAUCAAGUUCUUUCAUCCUCAGUGUCUUCAUCGCAUCAGGAUCAAUCAAAUACUCAGCAAGAACCUUCGUUGGUGAUGACCAAUCAAUCAGAUAAUAUAAGCGAUUCUCAAGAUUUAGAUAUCAAUAAAGAAAAUGAUAAUGAUAACAUCAAUCAAAAAGUCACAGAUGAUGAUGAAGGUGACAACCUAUCAACAAAUUCAAAUAAUGGUGAAAAGGAUGCUUUACAACUGCCGGACUUGCAACCAUUUAUAGAUUUGGAAGAUAUGAUGUCAAAAUUCACAAAUGUCGAAGAUAAUCGGUUGAACAAUGUUGACCUCGAUGAAAAACGUACGAGUGAUCUACCACCUCCAACGCCAAAUUCGUAUGACAAUACCGUUGUGCCGGGGUUAUUUUCCAAAGAUUCUUCAACGCCUGUUAAUGAUAACUCAUUGACAAGUGAAUCGCGUGAUAUUCAAUCUAAUGACACACCUGAGGAUAAGGAUCGAUCGGCUAGUCAUUCAAGUAGCGUGAAUUCGGAGCAAGGUAAUGGAAGCAAGCCUUACAUCAACACAAAUAUUUUUGUCAAUCAAAAUGCACAAAUAGAAAACGUUCAACCUAUUCAAGGAAUGAUUCAAAUCGAAAAUUUGGAUGAUCAUAAAAUUACCAAGAAUAACACACCACCGACAAAUAAUGAAUCGGACUAUAAACAAAAUGUUCUUGAAACUUCAAACGUUCGUGCUCAAGAGACGCGACAGAUUGGUCCAAAACAAGACCUUCCUAUGGAAUCAGAUGAAUCUGAAAAUCAAGUUGCAAACGCUCCUAUUCUUUCCUCACCGCAAUUGAAGCAAUCAUCCACUACAGGAUUCAUCAAACCCGUACAAUCAAGUAUGAUUAUUGGACGGGUAAGUGACGAGUCACGACCGAUAAUGAAAUCUUCACCGGGGAUAACUUCAUUCAAAGUACAACAAAGGAUGCAGCCAGAAACGAUUGACACUGUUUCCUCCUUUCCCGAAAUAAGUGCUCCUAUCAUAACAGAAACAUUUAAACCAGCGACGAUUAUACCGAACCCUGUCGUAGCCCCAGUGAGUCAAAGACCAGUUCCACCAAGGUUUGACAUUGACGCAAUGAAGCGACACUUGGAAAAGGUCAAGAAUAUGAAAGCAGCCAUAGCAGGUAAAAACUCUGCCAUGAACGAAAAUCAUAACGUCGUGAACAAUGAAAGUGUAGUAGAUCAAAAUCAAAAUCAAAAGAUCAAGGACACAACUGAAGAUUCACCACAACAAAUUAAUAACGAUAAACCAAAGAGUGAAACAACAUCUAAUAAAGAGAAUCAAGGAAAGCCACUUGUACGUAAGAAAUCGGUGCGUUUCCAAGCCGAUCUUACUAAUCAAGAAGAAGCGCACAAAGUUCAAAGUAAAGUUGCGAGAAAAUCGAUUCUCAUAAAUAAAGACGAUGUUAUAAAUAUUCAAGUAAGUAAUUAA